CGUAGUGCAACCGUGGGCGCUGUCAGGGGAAUAUUUUCCCUGCUUCUGCUCCCGAGCCGACACCUGUGGAAGGUGGUGAGGGCCCCGAAAGCCUGCAGGUGAACAGGUUUGCUGCUCAGCACUCAGUGGGAAGUUAAGGGUUAAAGGUCAGGCGACCAUGAGGCAGGCGGUUGAAGCUCAGGGGUCAAUUCCUCACUUUGAGCUUGGAGAGCAAGGCCUGCGGCACGUCCUGGCAGACGUGAUCCAGGAAGUGAGGCGCUCGGUCAGUCAAGACAUCGACGGCGCCGAGAUCCUCCAUGGUCUGCUCAAUGCUCCCUGGCUGCAGUCGCUCCUCAAGGUAUACGAGUGUCUCCAUAAACGUCUGAGAGAUUCUCCUGAGCCUUAUCUGGAUUAUGCGUCUGGACUUUCACUUCAGUUGCUGAUAGACAUUAAGUCUUUGCCAUGCUGCUCUGAAGAGGCUAAAGAGCUCUACCACCUCCUCCGACAACCACACCUGCAGGCUCUACUUUCUGCCCACGAUACGGUGGCCCAGAAGGACUAUGAGCCGGUACUGCCCCCCAUGCCAGAGGACCUGCCGGAGGACGAGGAGGCCGCGCGAAUCGUCUGUCUGGUGAAGAACAAACAGCCUUUGGGAGCGACGAUAAAGAGAAACGAGAUCACAGGGGAGAUUUUCGUGGCUCGAGUGAUCCAUGGAGGCCUGGCUGAUCGAAGUGGUCUGCUUCAUGCAGGAGACCGGAUUGUAGAAGUGAACGGUUUUCCUGUUGACGGGAUGGAGCCUGAACAAGUCAUUCAAGUUGUGCAAGCUCGGUCCCAUGGCACCAUCAUGUUUAAGGUCAUCCCCAUCACAGAGAGGCCCGUCCACAACCAAACCAUGCUAUAUAUGCGCGCCAUGACUGACUACAGCCCGCAGCAGGACCCCAACAUCCCCUGCGCAGACGCCGGCAUCAGCUUCAAGAAAGGAGACGUUCUUGAGAUCGUGGAUCAGACUGACGCCCUCUGGUGGCAAGCCAAGAAACUGCCCAGCAGCGUGGCAUGCGCCGGCCUCAUUCCUUCCACCAAUCUCCUCAAACGGAAGCAGAGGGAGUUCUGGUGGUCUCAGCCGUACCAGCCACACUUCUGCAUGCAGACCUUGAGUACUGUUGACGAAGAAGAGGACAUGAUGGCUAUUGAUGAGAAAUGUGUUGAAGCAGAUGAAGAGGCCUUUGAAUCUGAGGAACUCAGAGAAGAGGAGGAUGACUACAGCAGCAACAUUGAAGGAGUUUACUUGGCUGGUUUCAGGCGCAGCAUGCGUCUGUGUCGGCGCCGCGCUCACAGCACCAUCCAUCCGUCCUGCCCCACCCGCUGUCCCAGCAGCUGCUACAGCGCCCUCAACAGCCCAUACGAGGAAGUGGUGCGCUACCAACGCCACCCAGAGGACGUGCACCGCCUCAUCGCCAUUCUAGGUCCGUCUGGCGUGGGGGUGAGCGAACUGCGGAGGCGCUUGAUUGAGAUGAACCCAAACAUCUUCCAGGGGGCGGUGCCUCACACCACGAGGCCACCCAGAGGGUACGAGGAGAGUGGCAGGGAGUACUACUUCACCUCUCGAGAGGCUUUUGACAACAUGGUCUACAACAACAGGUUGCUGGAGUACGGGGAGUACAAAGGGAAUCUAUACGGCACCAGCAUUGAGUCUGCGCGCCACGUUCUGAACAGCGGGAAGAUCUGCGUCAUGGACAUAGAACCGAACGCCAUUCAGGCGGUGAGGACCCAUGAACUGAAGGCCUACAUCAUCUACGUGAAGCCUCCACCUCUGGAGAGGCUUAGGGAGACCAGACGGGAUUCGUACAUCACCACCGAUUACUACGUAAACCGGCCGUUCAAAGAUGAAGAUCUCCAGGAGAUGGAAGAUGCAGCGCGUAAGAUCGAGUCUCAGUACUGGCAGUUCUUUGAUCACGUCCUGAUCAACGAUGAGCUGCAGGAUUCCUGUGUCCAGCUGCUGACGGCGGUCAGGCAGGCGCAGGACGAGCCCCAAUGGGUCCCUGCCAGCUGGAUCCGGCCCACCGCCGAACCGUGAGGAAGGGGCCUGCAGCAAAACACGCCAGCCAAUGCAACAACAACAAAAA